AUGGGCCCAGUUCCUUCCGAUAAGAUAAGAACCACGACCGAGCCACCAACCCUUGCCUCAUCGUUCUUGACUUCCAGUUCAAACAACAACAUGGCUACGCCGUGGGAUGACGACGACGAAGACUAUGUCUUACCUCUCGAGAACCAGCAGGUCUUUGGCGCCGGCAUCAAAAGGAAACGCGUUCCUUUUGUCCGAGCAACUGGUGAUUUACAGACAACACCGACCCGGCAAGACGACUCCCAACUCCCCUCGUCCUCCGCAAGUGUCGCCGAUCGAUAUUUCUCUAUCGUCAUGUCAAAGAAGAAAAAGCGAAGGGAAGAAGAGGCUGAAGAAUCGCGCACAAAACAGGGGUCAUCGGAGGAUUUCACAUCGCUAAACCAGAGUGAUUCGCUACCAGCCAGAUCGAUACAGUCUUCAAUCCAUGAUACCGAGGACAAACAGACCCAAACAGCAUCGCCUCCGGCGCCUACUGUCAAUCUAUGUGAACUGUGCAACCUCCCAUUAUCAGAAACCCCAUCAGAUGACGCCGAAACAGACACAUCUGCAAAUACAAAACGUGGUACGCCACACGAAGCAUCGAUUGCUCAUCAAGUAUGCCUAGAGCACUCUCACCCUCCAUCGCAUCUAGACCGCACCCGGCAUGGCCUCCGCUAUCUCGCAGCUUAUGGCUGGGAUCCCGAUAGCCGCGUCGGGCUCGGUGUUGUAGGGCGUACCGGCAUUCGAGAACCGAUCAAGCAAAGAGCCAAAAACGAUACCAUCGGGUUGGGCAUGGCCAUCGACGACAAGAAUAAUACAGCUGCCGCGAGGCAGAAACUACGCAAACAGCAGCAGGAGCAGCGCCAGAAACUCAAUGCGAAACAGGUGCGUGGUGCACAGAUGGCAGAUAGGAAGAAAGGUGAUCAGUUACGAGAGUUGUUUUAUGGGAGUGAUGAUAUCCAACGAUAUUUAGGUUGA